AUGUCGGCUCCGAGAGCCAAGACCCCAAGCUCCGACAGCUGCAGCAAGCCCGCGAGUUCCGAGGCGAAGACCGCGCCGAGGAAGAGCGUCGCGGCGCCGCUCGUCAAGAGCAGAAUACCGAAGCAGGACAGAAGCUCGGCCCAGUCGGCUGGCCACGAGGUGGCGAGGAACGGAGAUGACCCGCCCGCCACGCCGACGUCAAGUAGGCGCGGCGGCGUCGCGUCCAGGAGCCACGACAGCCCGUCGUCGCAGGCUCCGAAGCCCGUGGCCAGGCACUCGCCCUCGGCGGCGGGCUUCGUCGCCACGCCCACGGGCAGCCAGAGGCGCGUGCUCGAGAACCAGUUCUCCACCAAAAAGAGCCGCUACAUUACCCUACGACAAGACAUCGUCGACAAGCAGAAAUCGUCGGAGAAGGCCUUCGAAGAGUUGUUCCAGCUGCGCGAGAAAAUCAUCGCGUCGGGUGGCCGCGAUCCUGGCCGCUUGGAAGAGCUAGUGCCAGCGCCGUCGAUCGCGGCCUGCCGGCCGAGAACGACGGCACCCGGGGAGUCGCCGUCGCACGCGGACAUGGAUCUGAUAUCGCUGCUGGAGACCAGUCUGCAUCGGAUGAGCGACGACUUGCUGACGUUCUGCCACGAGGCUCUGGAGAGGCGCGCGAGCGCGCUCGCCUGGCUGGUCGACUUCGACUCGGAGCCGAGCGACGAGAUGCCCUCGCCGCUACACAUGAAAGAGGAGAUGGCCGUCCAGUUGGACACGUACAAGGUGGAGAACACGGAGUUCGAGGAGCGGCUGAGCACGGUAAGGCAGGCUCAACUGCGACAGGUCGACGAGCUGAUGCAGCGCGUGAGGUGUCUGUGGCACGAGUGUCAAGUCUACAAGAGAGAACGAGAGAGCUCCAAGCCGGCGGACGUUGCAGCUGGAAACACGGACGACUUGAUGAAGGAGCUGAAACAGGAGAGGGAGAAGUUCAUGAAGGCGCGAGCGAAGAUACGCGAGCAGGAGAGCGCGCUGAGCGCCUCGGAAACCAAGCUGAAGCAGGCGCAGGACGGCGCGAGGCAGUUGGAGGCGCAAUUGAAGCAGAAGGAGACGGCUCUCGAGCAGAAGACUCGCGAGCUGGCGAAGCUUCAGAAGAGCCACGACGCCGCCAAGGCCAAGGUGGAGAAGCACAACGAGGCCCUGGAAGCCAGAGUCGCCAAGCUGAAAGAGGAGUUUGGGCUGAAGGAGAGCGAAGCGAAUAGUACGGUAGCCCAGUACAAGAGGCAGGUGCACGAGCUCGAGAGGGAGUUGGAGAACGAGAGGAAGGCGGCCCGCGAGGUGGCGGACUCGAUCGACAAGCUCAAGUCGAGGAACGCCAAAUUGGAGGAGAAGUGCAAACAGCUGCUGGAGAUGCAGGAGAGGAGCGUCGGCAUUCCAGGUUGGGCGGUCGGGGAGGACGGUCGGACAGCAUCGCGUAUCGAUUUGGUUUGGUCCGCAGAGCAAAACACCGAGUACGACAUGCAGCUGUUCAACGAUCUGAAGAAGACGAAGAGGCUGCUGGCGGAGAAGGAGGAGCUGGUACAGAAGCUGCAGCUCGAGAGAGAUGAGAUUAUGGCCGCUGCGGUAGGAGCGAGCGCGCCAUGCAUGCGAUGCAUGUAUUGCGUACUUUGACGGCUUGAAGAUCGCGCGGCAUUUCAGGAUCAGGAGAACGACUCGUCGAAGCAGCGACUGACGGCCGACUUGCUGAGGAAGACGAAUGAGCUGCAGGCGACGCGCAACCAAUUGCUGCAGCUCGAGAAAAAUUACCAAAAGACGCAGCAGAGAGCGGAGCACCUCGAGCUACGGUUGUCCGACAUGAGCCGACUGCAGGCUCAGCUGAAGGAGUCGAGCGGCAGGUCGUACGGCGCGCAGGUGCUGCAGCUGCAGCAGCAGCUGGCUGACCUGCGCGGCAGCUUGUCCGAGACGAGCCAGCAGAACGCCGAGCUGGAGAAGACCUGCGCCCAGCUGCAGCUCAAGGUCGACCGCUACGAGCGCUACCUGCGCAACCUCGAAGGCGGCAUGCGGGUGAGGAACGAGACGCGCUCGCUGCUGCAGCACAAGGAGCCGGACGCCGAGGACGAAACCCUCGCCGAGCAGGUGGCGGAGGAGUACCAGCAGCUCUGCUCGAUGCUAGAGUCCAAGGAGAUGCAGGUGAUGAAGCUGGAGAAGCUGGUCAAGCAGAUGGAGAAGCAGGACGAGUACUCGCAGACGCAGCGCACGCGGCUGGAGAGCCGCAUCGGCGAGCUGGAGUUCGCGCUGAAGGAGGGCAAGCUGAGCCAGCGGAAUAGAGGCUUCAGCUUCCUGUAA